GUUUCACUAAAUGACGUAAUCCCUCUCCGGGCUUGACAGGUCGUUGUUGCGGUAACGACAUUCACUCAGUGAGAGGGUAAUCCAGAUAUCCAAACGCAUCUCCUGUUUAUUCGCUUUAACAGUCUGAUUUCAAAGACAGGGUAUCCGAAAAACUAAGUCGCGUAUUUUGUGUUAUUCUUGACUUGGCUAACCAGCUGGCUAAUGUUAGCUGUUUCCUGGUUGGAGUUGCAGCCAUUUUGGAUUUUUACAGAGAAACAGCUAGCCGGUCGUGGCUUUGGGAGUAGUGUAAGCUAGCCACCGCUCCCGUUUUCAUCACUAAACACUGCUGUUUAUCUACAGACAAGCAAAGGGAGACGUUUCACGAGGGGGGAUACACUAUAGAACGAGUCAACAAUGAAUCCCGAAUAUGACUAUUUAUUCAAGCUGCUCCUGAUUGGUGACUCUGGUGUUGGAAAGUCUUGCCUUCUUCUCCGGUUUGCAGAUGACACAUACACAGAAAGUUACAUUAGCACUAUUGGUGUGGACUUCAAAAUACGAACCAUAGAACUAGAUGGAAAGACCAUUAAACUUCAGAUUUGGGAUACGGCGGGUCAGGAGAGGUUUCGUACAAUCACAUCCAGCUACUACAGAGGUGCUCAUGGUAUCAUUGUAGUGUACGAUGUCACGGACCAGGAGUCCUUCAACAAUGUCAAACAGUGGCUACAGGAGAUUGACCGCUACGCCAGUGAAAAUGUCAACAAGCUAUUGGUUGGGAACAAGUGUGACCUGACGACAAAGAAGGUGGUGGAUUACACAACAGCAAAGGAGUUUGCAGACUCUCUGGGCAUUCCCUUUUUGGAAACCAGCGCCAAGAAUGCCACCAAUGUGGAGCAGGCCUUCAUGACCAUGGCUGCUGAAAUCAAGAAGAGGAUGGGCCCCGGGGCCACAGCCGGAGGAGGGGAGAAGCCCAACGUGAAGCUGACCCCCGGCACCACUGUCAAGCCUUCAUCAGGAGGAUGCUGCUGAAAGAGAAACCACUUACACUUUGCCCCGUCAUCCUGCCCUCCUCCUCGUCUGCAGGCCCAUCAGCCUGGCCGCCAUCCCCCUCCAACUCCACUGUGUCCCAGCAAAGCCCCCACCACAAGUAGACAGGACAGGGGAGACAUGGUUCACAUGUCUAUGUGAGAACAAGAUGAAGUUGCCUGUAUUUGUACUGUACAUAGUAUAGCCGCACUACCAAAAACAAAUAAAGCAUCCUUCUUGUCAUACUGUCCUGUUAUUGAUGACUAAUUCUACAGAUAGGUGAUCAUUCAACCCGGCCCUGACUCCCCAUCACCCCCGAUUUCAGACCUCUCAGAGACUAUUCUUUUAUUUGGCCCUCUGAAGGCAGGUUCCUGAGAAGUAAGUGUGUGUGUGUGUGUGUGUGUGUGUGUGUGUGUGUGUGUGUGUGUGUGUGUGUGUGUGUGUGUUUUUCUCUGCAUUCCUUCAGCGGGGUUGGUAAAUUAAUCAGUUUCAUUAAGGUUUCUGUUUGUAUGGACCUGUUCUGUUUCUUUUUUUCCUUCAAUGAUUAUUUUUGCUGUUUCUAUCAGCAUGUGUGUCUGUCUUUUCAGUCUGUCCCCAUUUGAAGGUGUUUUUUAUUUUUCUCACCAACCUCUGCACUGCAGUGUCUCACUGUCCAGCAUCUUAAAGUCCAGUGCAACAAUAUAUGUAUAUGUACAUAAAGAUUAUGUACAUACAUAUAUAAAAUCUGAUUGCCAGUUCUGUAGUGUUCAGUUACUUCUUGGGAUAGUCUUGACUCUUUAUCUCUGCAUUAAAUUUGUGGCUGAAGACAACUGUAAGUUUGUUGCUCAACAUGUAACACUUAAACUGAAAAUAAAUAUUGUACGACCAGACUGUAUGAAAUGGGAGGACCUGUCUGCAAUUCUUGGUGAGAUGUGUAGAAAACCUGUUUGAAUUAUUUAUUCUACAUUCAUUUGGCAUAUCUACUGCCAGUUACAUAGGGUCUGUUUGCAAAUUGCUGUGUAAUCUCAGUACAGAAUUGCAUAUAUAAAAAUACAAUGUUCUCUUGUUUUCAUAAUAAAGGCAACUGAAUUCAGUUUGAAAGGAA